AUACCAGGCCCAUGCUUCAUCCUUGCCAAGGCUGUUGGACAGGCAAAGCGCACACGGCCCGAGAAGUACGCGCCGAGCGAAACCCGUCGCCUGCUCCUCCCAGUAAGUCGAAGUUGUGAAUGCUAAAGUUGAACGGCCUAUACAUUGCGGGGACUCCCCACGGGACACCUCCAGAGCUGACAUCUGGAGGGGCACACAGGACUUUCCAACUAUAUAUCCAGCUUCCCAACCCCACCUUCCACCUUCUCACAAACGCUCCAUCUGUUUCAUAAACACAAUCAAGUGAGAGAAACAUUGCCUCGAUGGCGGACGACACCAAAACGCAUAUAUCUUUGGAAGAACACACCGACAAUGUGGAAGUUCAGACUUCCCAGGUUCCUUCGAAAGAGGAGCUCCAGGCGCAGAAGAGCCUCCUCUGGAAGCUCGACCUUGUCAUCUUGCCACUUCUCUCGCUCUCGUACCUUUUGGCGUACAUGGACCGAAACAAUGUUGGCUAUUCCCGAUUGAUGGGCUUGCAAAAAGCCCUGAAGCUUUCGGACAAGCAGUUUUACAACGUCGUCAUGGUCUUCUACUCCGGCUACCUCGCUUGCAUCUUUGUUGGCAAUCUCUUCAUCAGGAAGCUGGGCCCAAAGAUCGUGUUGGGUUUUGCUGUCACCUCCUUCGGAAUAUUUGUCUGCUGCAUGUCCAAAGCUCGGGGAUAUGGCGACCUGAUCGGACUUCGUUUUGGCAUUGGUGCUGCAGAAGCAUUGCUUCAGAGCGCGCCCCUCUACCUGUCGAUAUGGUAUGGGAGGGACGAGCUAGGCAAGAGGAUUGCCAUUUUCUACUCUGCAACGACCAUUUCCGGUGUAUUCUCAGGCCUCAUCGCAUAUGGCGUGCAGAAGGGUCUCGAAGGCACAGACGGCAGAGCAUCGUGGCAAUGGCUGUUCCUGAUCGAGGGCGUUAUCGCCGUGGCUGUCGGUCUGGCGAAUGCCGCACUUCUGCCCAACUUUCCCGAUCGUAUGGAGACUUCGAGAUUCAUCAGCGAAUUGGAAACCAAGGUGGCGUGGCAAAGAAGUCAAGAAUACAACGCAAAGAGUGUCAGGUUUGAGUCGAGUCAGAUCAUCAAAAGUCUCUUGGACCCCAAGACGUACCUGCUAGCUCUGCUCGCGGGUUGCAAUUCCACCUUACUCGCUGCGACCGGUGCUUUCCUUCCCACCAUUGUCGUAGGUUUUGGGUACAGCAAAAUCCAGAGCCAGCUUUUCACUAUCAUCCCAUACGCGUGCUCUUUCUUCAGCAUGCUUGCCGUUGGGUACCUCUCAGACUUCUACCGCAACAAGUCGUGGUUCAUUCUCGGGUCUUUGACCUCCUGCGCCAUCGGUCUCAUCGUAUUGAUCAGCUCCACUGGAAAACAGGUCGGCAUGUUCGGCACCUCCCUCCUUGUGGCUGGUGCUUAUCCCGCCGCUGUGUUACAAAUCACCUGGAUCCAGAUCACCUUCUGUGGCAACACAAAACGAGCCAUCUCCUGGGGCGUGGCUAUGAUCGUUGGUCAGGGACUGAGCAUGAGCGCCGCUCAAAUCUAUACUACGCCACCUCGCUUCUUUGAGGGGCACGGCAUCCUUCUUGGUUUUGUUGUUAUGGGAAUGGUAUGCACGGUUGCAGCAAGGUUCCUAAUGGCUCGCGCCAACAAACAGACAGACCAGGAGCUCCGGGAGUAUGAAGAGAGAGGACAAGAGCAUCCCGGUGUUGGCAAGUCUUUCGAGGAGGUUUGCGACAAUCACAUCAACUUCCGGUAUUCUCUGUGAUCUGGAACCUGGAAAGGACUUUUUUCUCGGGCAUGUCAGAGGGAAAAGUCGAUGACAGUCAAAGGCAGUAUCAGGCCGCGCUUGCCAAUGGUGUACUCGUGCACCCGACGAAUUGUCGUGAUACUUGGACGGGAGUUUUACACAUCUGAAAAGAGAACAACGUUGACACAAUGCUUUCAUGAGAUUUUAUAGCUUGUUUCGAGGCCCCUUUAUGUAGACGUCUAAAGACUCUACCGGCAUUCAGGCGAAGUAUCAAGGAUAUAUCUUGUCAAGACACGUCACUCUUCCACGACCCAAAUUAGUCUCUACAAAGUAUGUGGUCGUAUCUCAACAGCAAUUGUUUGUGUAAAGG